AUGAUAAAGUUAGCAAGAUUUUUGGUUAUUUUGUGCAUUUUUUCAGUUAGUUUUUCUUAGGAAUAAAAUUAAUUCAAACUUGAAGAGUUCAUUCGAGAUCUAAAAACUCCAAACAACUGGGGAAAGGUGGAAGGAUAUUUAGAUAAUGGGCCUAUGAACGGGUAUUUUGAUUAUAACACAACUAUGGAGAUUUACUUCAAGGCUUCAUAGGCUUUUCCUGAAUUAGUAAAGUAACCAAUUGAGAUUGGAAAAUCAUUUUUAAAUAAUUCUAUGUGGGCAAUUGCAUUAACUUUAAAAACUGAUGAUUUAAAUGAAUAAUAAAGCAUAUUGAUUGAUAGUCUCCAUCAUGGGAGAGAAAUGUUGUCUUUAUCAAUGCAAAUUUAUACUUUUGCUAAAUUGAUUUCUGACUAUUCAUCAAGAUAUCAAGAUACUUUAAAUUUGUUAACAGCUUCUGUUGUAUGGUUCAUACCUGCUGUUAAUGUAGAUGGUCUUAUUAAAGUUAAGGAUAUAAUAAAUAGAGCAGAAAGAGAUUCUGUCAGAAAAAAUUUUAAUAGAACUAGUGCUUGCCAAUUUAACUUUGGAGGAGUUGAUUUAAACAGAAAUUAUGAUGAACAUUUUGCACUUGAUUCUAAAGGAAGUAGUUCUUAUGAAUGCUCAGAAGAUUAUAGAGGUCCUCAUGCAUUUUCUGAAAAAGAAACCUAAGCUAUGAAAAAAUUUGUAGAAGAUAGACCAAAUUUAAAGAUAGCUUUUAAUUUUCAUAGCUAUGGAAAUAUGUGGAUUCGCCCUAUAAAUUACUUGGCUGACAGAGAAAACAAAGAAUUGUAGAAAAUGAUUAGAGAAUAUCACAUUUACUAAGAAUUUGAUGAGGAAGCAAAGUUCUCUGAAGAUGCAAAGAAAGGAAAUGCAAUCAUGGUUUUAUAAGGAGAUUAUUUAGCAAAUGGAGAAGCCACUGAUUGGAUGCUACUCAAAAAAAAAAUUAUUGCAAUGAGCCCUGAAAUAGGAGAUGAAUCAACCACUUUUUUCCCUCCAUAAUAAAUUAUAUUAAAAAAUUUAUAAGACAAUUAUCCUCCUGUUAAUUAUAUGAUGCAAAAAAUUCUCUUCUAUCCAAAACUUCAAGGUACUUAGUUUUUAAAUUAGAGUCAAAGAAAUAGAUUUAUAAGUAAGUAUAAUUUAAAGACAAUAAUUAAGAACUCAAAGCUAAAAGUGAUAACAUUUGAGAUUUUUAAUUCUGGUAUUGGCGAUAUCUUGCAAGAACAUUAAGAAAGUGCUUUUAUUGAGUUGGGUUUUUAACGUGAUUUUACAAAACAAUAAAUAAACAACAGUAGCUUUGUGAAUAUGACAAACUAAGAUCAAAAUGAUACUUCAUAAUAAGCUGGUACCAAGUUCCAUUAUUUUCAUGUUUAGAAUGUCUUCUUUGUCGAUUACAGUGAAGAUUACAGAUUCUAAAAAAUACAAGAGUAAGGAAUCGAUGAAUUUAACUAAAAUCUUAUAGAUUUUUAAAUGAAUGAACCCUAGUUCUAAAAAACUGUCCCAACACAACCUUUGAUUGAUUUGAGAUUUAAAAAUAGAUUUUCUACUUAUCAAAUUUCUUUUAAUUACACUUUCUCUGGUCGUAGUUAUAGAAAGUACUAUAUUGUGUUUUCUACUCCAUUAAAAGCCUAAGAUAGCAUGGCUUUUAAUAUCAGAAUUUUAGCAGGAAUAGGAAGUGCUUAAAAUCUAAAACUAUUUAAUAUGCAACAGCCUCCUAUUUUUAUAGACUAAACUGGAUUAGAAGCAGAAGCUGGGCAAGAAGACAUAGAUGAUAUCAAUGAGUCAAGUGAAUAAACUGAUAGUAUAUAUUACUACACAUUGAUUCUUUUACUAGCCUUAAUUUUGAUGUUUUUGAUUCUAAGGUUAGUGAGAAGAAAAAGAUAGAGUGAUAUGAUAGAAUUGGUAAAUGAAAUAUCACAAAACAAUAAGAUAGAAAUUAGUUGA